AUAAAGGAAAGGGAGGGAAGGGGACUGGAGGGGAAUAAAAGGAUAUAAUUCUCCUCCCUGCCCUUCCUUUCCCCUCCCCUCCCCUCCAUUUACCUCAAUCCAAACAUGGGUUAGUAUCAUGAAUAUUUUUUCAUCUUAUUCAUUCUCGGCAAUCUCAUCACUCUCUAGUAAUCACCAAACUAGCACAUCAUGUUUAGAUGAUGUUCACAUGAACCCUAUCCAGAGAUCACCUUUACCUCUUCUUCACUCUCUGGACAAUUUUUUUUCUGUUUCUUUGAAAUGAUAAAGUAAUGAGUACAGGAAUUACAGGUUGGGUGCUGCAUGAAGCUGACAUUCACUGCAAUACAGAAUGUAUGCAGAAGGCACAAACAAUUAGGGAUUCUAAGUACAACGUUCGUAAUAUCAGAUCCAAUGAUGGUGGUAUUAUUGUUGCUAGGUAUCUUGGUAAUGAAAUCUAGAACACUGCUUUAGGCAGGUUUCUCUUCAGGUAAUUUCCCCUUUCUACUCAUUUUUCUGUGUGCAGGUGUCAGAGUUGGCAACACAGCCUGUGUGAAGCUCUAUAAAAAAUCUUAAUUCUUUUUGUAAUUUAGCCAUUAAUCAUCUUAAGUAAUUUUAGGCUUUUAACUAGAUUUGUAAGACUUUUAUUUGGGACUUGUAAAUGGCCUUCAUUAAUUUUUGGAAUUUCAAAUUUUAUAUAAAAUUUUUAGCUAGUA